UGAGGAAAAUAGUUCGAGGAGUUUAAUCUGCGACAGCAAAAUGCGGGGAACGGUGGUAUUGUGGGUCCUGGUAGCGCUGGUAGCUCUCUCACUGAAAUCGAGUGCAUCGCAGCCGCAUGACACGUCGCCCCUUGUUACGACGGUGCAUGGGGUUCUGAGAGGGAGUGUCAUUCAGUCUCGUCUCGGAAGGCCCAUAUAUUCCUUCCGAGGAGUUCGUUUCGCUCAGCCACCUGUUGGAAAUCUAAGAUUUAAGGCCCCUGUACCAAUAGGCCAGUGGCAGGGUAUUCAAAAUGCAACUGAAGAUGGUGCUGCAUGUCCUCAACCAGAAGAAAGCUUUUUUGUUCCAACCUCAGAAGAUUGUUUAUUUCUAAAUGUAUACACAACUAAGUUGCCAGAAAAACAACAUAAUCCGGAGAGACCAGUUAUGGUGUUCUUCCAUCCUGGCGGAUUUUACGGCUUAACUGCACAUAGCAAGGCAUAUGGCCCAGAAUACUUAUUGGAUCAAGACAUUGUUCUUGUGACAACCAACUAUAGAAUUGGAGCUUUAGGAUUCUUAAGUACAGGUGAUCGUGUACUUCCUGGGAACUAUGGAAUGAAGGACCAAGUAGCAACACUACAGUGGGUGAAACAGAAUAUUGCAGCAUUUGGUGGUAAUCCUGACAGUGUCACUAUUGCAGGCUACAGUGCUGGCUCUAUUAGUGUGAUGUUGCACAUGGUGUCGCCCAUGUCACGAGGCCUCUUUCAUCGAGGCAUAGCCAUGAGUGGCUCUGCAUUUCGAGGUGCAUACUAUGAACUAGAUGUUCUUUCACUUGCAAAGAGACAAGCUGCUUUAUUAAACUGUCCAGUAGACUCCUCACAACAAAUUAAGAAUUGCCUGAUGAAGAAAGAAGCUCAGGAAAUUGCAAGUUCAUUGAGGGGAUUAAUUGAAUGGGGCAAUAGUCCAGUAAUUGGCCCGGUAAUUGAACCAGCUUCAGGGCCUGAAAGAUUCCUGGAAGCUCACCCAGCAAAACUGUUCCUCUCUGGCAAAUUUGUUGAAGUGCCUUUAAUCACCGGAAUGACAAAGGAUGAGUUUUCAUAUAGCGCACUGCCUGUCAUUCUGAACUCAUCAUGGGCUGAGGAUAUGGACAAAAACUUUGAUACUGUAGCUCCAAUAGUAUUCAUAUAUGAAAGGAAUACAGAGCGAUCUCGUAUGAUCAGUCGGGAGCUCAGAAAAUUCUACUUGAAGGAUCAGCCUCUGACCAAUGCUUCUCUUUCAAGCCUUGGAGAGUUAAUUUCAGAUGCCGCAGUUGGAUUUCCUGAAGACAAAGCAUCAAAAAUUAUAUCUCAUGUGAGCAGAGCACCCCUGUAUUACUACAGGUUUUCAUACCAAGGCCGUUACAGUACUGUGUACCGUCCACAGACGAAUAUUCCGUACGGGGUGGUUCACCAUGAUGACCAAAUGUACUUAUUCUUUAUAUCAGCAUUAUUCCCAGCUUUCAAACCUGAAGAUCCAGAGACAAAAAUUGUGGAGAGACAAACUAAGAUGUGGGCAAAUUUCGUACAAACAGGAAACCCAACUCCUCAGAAGUCUGACGUGUUGGACAAUGUAAUAUGGCGACAACUGACUCCCCGGAACCUGGCCUAUCUGGAUAUGGGCUCACAUUUGGAGAUGAGGGAAGGGUUGUAUAAAGAACGUAUGGCAGUCUGGGAACGCCUUUUUCCACUGGCCACAUUCCCUCAAUCACCAAACCACAAUUCACAUCGGAAGAAUUGAAUAAAACAUAACAAUCAGGGAUACUAAUCCCAAUUAUCUGAAAACUUAAUCUUGCUACUAGUCUAUUAGUAGUAAAAUCACUGGUAAGCGAAAUACGCGGAUGAUGUUAUGAACAAUCAUUUUUCAUUUAAACCACCUUUACUUAAUGUGUUUUAAAAGGUUCACAGAACAUGUUUUUUAUGGUUAAUUAAUGUAGAUUUAAGUAAAGCAAAUGAAAUUCGUUAUGUAUUGCAGUGUAUAUAUAUAUAUAUAAUAAAGGAUGGCAUCAAAGUAAGAAA